AUGCUCAUCAAGCAACAGAGUCUGACUCAACUGCCUCACAGAGACAUACCAGUAUUUACAGGAGAUCCUCUGACAUACAGGUCUUUCAUAAGAGCUUUCGAGCAUGCCAUCGUUAGCAAGACGGACAGUCAGCAAGAUCGCUUGUAUUACCUUGAACAGUUUACGAGUGGGGAGCCACUUGAACUCAUUCGCAGCUGUGAGCACAUGAGGCCAGACAAGGCUUACAAAGAAGCCAGAGCAUUACUCAACCGUCAUUAUGGUGACGAAUUGACAAUUGCUAAUGCUUACAUCAAGAAAGCAAUGGACUGGCCGCAGAUAAAGCCAGAUGACAGGAAAGGAUUGAAAAACUAUGCCUUGUUCCUGAUUGGAUGUGGUAACACAGUAAGCGACGUGGACUACAUGGACGAGAUGAACAAUCCUACCACUAUGAAGAGCAUCUUGUCCAAGCUUCCAUUUAAGCUGAAAGAGAAAUGGAGGGGCCAUGCUUACGACAUUUAUGAGAAAAAGAGAAGAAGAGCCAAAUUCCCUGACCUGGUGGACUUUGUGUAUCAUCAAGCCAAAGUUGUUAAUGACCCACUGUUUGGUGAUAUCCUGGACGCCACCUCAGGUAAACAGGUAGACACAAAGAAGAAGUCCAGCUCAGGAAAAGGUGAGUCAAAACGAAGCAGCUUUGCAGUGAAUGUGGCUGCUACUGAGAAGAGCGCCCCCAAAGGCCAAGCUGAGAAGAAAGCAGCUAAGUCAGGCAACGCUUUCCAAAGUCCCUGUUUGUUCUGCAAGAAGAACCAUGCACUCAGCGUGUGCAACAAGAUCAGAGAGAAACCCCAGAACGAGAGAAUUGACUUUUUAAAGUCACAAGGGCUCUGUUUUAGCUGUUUGACAGCAGGACACCUAUCCAAGGACUGUAAGAAAAAGAGCUCAUGCCCUGAUUGUUCCUUUAAGCAUCCUGCUAUCCUGCACGUUGUGAAGGAAGAGUCAGCACAAGAAAAAAACAGUGCAGAUGACAGUGCAUCGAAUGCAGCGGAAGAAACAAACGCUCUCGUGUCAGCAGGAUGUGGAAGAGGUGACCAAACUGGGGCUGGGAACAACGCUUGCAUUCUUCCCAUCGUACCUGUGCAGAUAAGACACAAGAGGGGUUCAAGUAUAAUCAAGACGUAUGCGUUCCUGGAUCAAGGAAGCACCGCUACUUUCUGUACUGAGGACUUGGCAAAGAAGUUGAACAUCCGAGGAAGAAAGACGGAGUACAUUCUUCACACCAUGUCACAGGAACAGAAAGUCAGCAGCUAUGUCCUAACAGAUCUGGAGGUGUGUGACUUAGAUGGACAAGACUACAUUAAGCUGCCCAAUGUGUACACGCACCCAGACAUACCUGCAAAGAGAACCAACAUACCACAGAGGAAAGAUUUGGAGAAGUGGUCUUACCUGAACCGAGUCCAUCUUCCAAAACUGGAAUCAGAGAUUGGCCUUCUCAUCGGUUCCAACGCUCACAAGGCUAUGGAGCCAUGGGAGAUCAUAAACAGCCGAAACGAAGGUCCUUGGGCUGUGAAGACGGCCCUAGGGUGGUGUGUCAACGGACCUGUCAGCAGAUGCCAAGACAAACAAUCCGAUGGCGCUGAGGGACAGAGUUUCUCAGUGAAUCGCAUCUCUGUUCUAAGCAUAGAAGACAUGUUGAUGAGGCACUACGAGGCUGAUUUCCCCGAACGCCGGUGCGAGGACAAGUCAGAGCCAUCACAACAUGACAAACAGUUUAUGCACACUGUGACAACAUCAGCACAUCUGAUCGAUGGCCAUUACACCAUCAAGCUGCCUCUGAAGGAAGACUCUGUGAAGAUGCCAUGCAACCGUGGUAUAGCUGAGCAACGGCUGAACUCCCUGAAGCGGAAGUUUAACAGAAAUGCAGACUUCUUUCAAGAGUACAACAGCUUCAUGAACAACAUCCUGGAGAAAGGUUACGCCACCAGAGUUCCAGAUGAGCAGCUGAGUCGCAGUGACGGGAGAGUGUGGUUCUUCCCACACCAUGGGGUGUACCACCCGAAAAAGAAAAAGUUGAGGGUUGUGUUCGAUUGCGCGGCAACAUACCAAGGAGUGUCGCUGAACGACAGACUGCUACAAGGGCCGGACCUUACAAACACCCUAAUCGGAGUGCUGCUGAGGUUCAGGCAGGAGCCUGUCGCACUGAUGGCGGACAUCGAAUCCAUGUUCUACCAGGUGCGGGUUCCAGACGAAGACGCGGAUUUGUUGCGCUUCCUUUGGUGGCCAGGCGGCAAUUUGAACAAACCUGUGGAAGAGUACAGGAUGUGCGUGCACCUCUUCGGAGCCACGUCGUCCCCCAGUUGCGCUUCGUAUGCGCUCAGGAGAACAGCACAAGGCGCAGCUGCAACUACUUCACCAGAAGCCGCAAAGACAGUCCUCAAGAACUUCUAUGUGGACGACUGUUUGAAGUCAGUUGCCACCGAAGAGGAAGCUGUGCAUCUUGUAAAGGAGCUGACGGAGUUGUGUGCCAGUGGCGGCUUCCACUUAACCAAGUGGGUAAGCAACAGUAGGGCCUUGCUGUGCUCCAUCCCUGGCGACGAAAGAGCAGCUGAAGUCAAAGAUCUGGACUUGCAGCAAGACGAACUACCAGUUGAACGAGCGUUAGGCGUGCAGUGGUGCACAAGUUCCGAUAGCUUCAAGUUCAAAAUUCAGCUGCCUGACAAGCCAUGCACAAGACGAGGCAUCCUUUCAGUUGUUAGUUCGGUGUAUGACCCGAUGGGGUUUUUGGCGCCACUACUCCUGCCCGUCAAGCUCAUUCUGAGAAACCUUUGCAAGAACAAACGAGGCUGGGAUGAGGAAAUCUCAGAGAAGCCACAACGAACAUGGAAGAAGUGGCUAGCAGACCUUGACAAGCUGUCAGAGCUCAGCGUGAGCAGAUGUUUCAAGUCCAGCUCAUUCGGAGUCACAAAGGUCGCACAAAUCCACCAUUUUUCCGACGCAAGUCAAGACGGAUACGGGGUUGUGUCUUACCUCCUGUUGACGAAUGAGCAAGAACAGAAACACGUUUGCUUCUUGAUGGGCAAGUCCCGAGUUGCUCCGCUCAAGCAAGUUACGAUCCCAAGGAUGGAGUUGACAGCUGCCAUGGUCUCAGUCAAGGUUGACCGAAUGCUAAAAGAAGAACUUCAAGUUCCCUUGACACAUUCCAUUUUCUGGACAGAUAGUACGACUGUACUAAGGUACAUUGAAAAUGACGCUCUUCGUUUCAAGACGUUUGUGGCUAACCGCGUCUCUUUCAUUAGAGAAGCCACCACAAGAGCUCAGUGGAAGUAUGUCAACACCUCCCAGAACCCAGCUGAUCAAGCUUCAAGAGGCUUAAAGAUAGAGAGCUUCAUGUCAAGCGACAACUGGUUUCAAGGGCCUAGCUUCCUGAGCGAGCCUGACCACUGGCCAGAGCAACCUGAACAGUCUACUUACCUGUCAGAAAGUGAUGAAGAGGUGAAGACAUCAGCUGCUGUAUCGUGCACGAAUCCAGUGGUCGACAACACAGAUCCAGUGAACCAACUUGUGGAGCAUUACUCCAGCUGGUACCGACUCAAGAAGGCAACUGCUUGGAUUCUGCGCCUAAAAGAGAUACUGCAACACCUGAGUGAGAAAAGAAAAGAAUUAGUGAAAGCUGUGAAAGAAUCUGAACAUGACACAGAAAAACACAAAGCAAUGGUUGAAGAACAAAUGAACACCUGUAAAAAGAACUUGGAAAAGAAAAUGCUCACAGUUGAAGAGCUAUCCAGAGCAGAAAUGGAGCUGAUCAAAUACAGCCAGAGACAGACCUAUGCUGAAGAAAUAAAAGUUCUACAGAAAGGAAAUAAAAAUGUGAAAAGAACCAGCUCAAUUUUCAAAUUGGAUCCAUACUUACAAGAUGGUGUUUUGAGAGUAGGGGGCCGCCUGAACAGAUCAGCGAUGCCUGAGGAGGCCAAGCAUCCUUUCCUUCUGUCGAAACAACACAGAGUAGCCUACCUCAUUCUCCACCAUACCCACCUAGAAACUGGAUGCGGCGGCAGAAAUCUUGUCCUGGCAAGACUAAGACAACGAUAUUGGAUACCUAGAGCCAAUGCAGCAGCAAGAACAGUGAUCACAGAGUGCAACCUCUGUAAAAGACUGCAUGCAAAGGCUGGGGAACAGAAAAUGGCAGACUUGCCACAAGAUCGUCUGCUACCCGACAAACCGCCUUUUACAAACACAGGCAUGGACUACUUUGGUCCUUUUGAGAUAAAAAGAGGACGAGCCAAGGUCAAACGGUACGGAGUGCUCUUCACAUGUCUGACAGUCAGAGCAGUGCAUAUAGAAGUCGCAUACUCCCUCGACACGGACUCGUGUAUCAACGCUCUACGUCGGUUCCAAGCCAGACGAGGCCAAGUGUCUGUCAUCCGUUCCGACAACGGCACUAAUCUGGUCGGUGCAGAGAGAGAGUUGAGACAAGCCUUGAAAGAACUGGACCAGAGCCGCAUCAAUGAAGCUAUGAUGCAGAAGGGAGUGCAGUGGCUGUUCAACCCGCCUGCUGCAUCUCAUCAUGGCGGCAUAUGGGAACGUCAAAUUCGUACCGUGAGGAAGGUCCUGCGUUCUGUUGUAAGGCAACAAUCGUUAGAUGAUGAAGGACUGCAGACUUUCCUGUGCGAAGUUGAGAGCAUCAUCAAUGGGAGACCUAUUACAACCAACACAGAUGACCCCAACGACCUCGAGCCGUUAACCCCAAAUCAUCUACUCCUGUUGAAGACUCAACCCAGCAUGCCACCUGGUGUGUUCAGUAACGACGAUGUCUACGCACGACGGCGCUGGAGACAAAUUCAGUAUAUGACUGAUUUAUUCUGGAGGAGGUGGACCCAGGAGUAUCUGCCACUAUUGCAAGAGCGGCAAAAAUGGCUUGGAUUGAAGAGGAGCUUCAAGGUUGGAGAUGUCGUCCUUGUCGCGGAUCCAUCCCUGGCCAGGAACUGCUGGAUGCUGGGCAGAAUCACCAAGGUCGUGCCAGACUCCAGAGGGGUGGUCCGAAGUGCUGAAGUCCGGACGAAGACCAGCACCAUCCAAAGACCAAUAACUAAACUUUGUUUAUUGCAGGGAGAAGAAUGAAGAAAGAAGAG